AUGGGCGAAAUCGAGGAAGUCAAGGAUGGCAGAGUUGUCCGUGAGACUUCGUCAAGCUCCCCUUCCGAUCUUUCGCCUCAGCCAACUAUCGACGAGGGAGAAGCUCAGAAGAAGAAGACGUUGUGGCAGAAGUUCAUAACACCCGGAUCCGUGCUGCAAAUCAUCGCUGCGGCAUUGUUUGCCAUUGCCAUUGGUUUGAUCGUGACCACUCAGGUCUCAGACAUACCAGAUGCAGCAGUUGCGCUGCUCGCUAUCCCGGGCCAGCUUUGGUUGCGCGCUCUGAGGGCUGUCGUACUCCCCAUGAUUGUGACAGCAAUGAUCAUGGCUGUCCAGCGCCUCCGUACCAUGACCCAAGGUGGCGGCAAAGCCGGCAAACUCGCUCGCUGGACAAUUGGUUAUUAUCUUCUUACCACCAUCCUCGCAGUUGCACAUUCAUGCCUCCUCGUCGGCCUCGUCUGGUCCAAGCUCAUGACCGUAGUUGGCGGCGAGCAACUGCAAGUCGACGAAGCAGACCAAGAAACCAUUGACGAGCGUGAAGCUUUCGCGAUUCAUGAAGUUGUUGUCGACAUGUUCUACUCCCUCGUACCCAACAAUGUCGUCAAUGCCAUGGCUACGGACAGCCUCCUUGCGGUGCUCGUCACUGCCGUGGUCCUCGGCUACUGCAUCAAACCCGGCAGCGCACUCAUCCGCGCGAUUGAAGAGAUCGAGCAGAUCAUCAUGGAGAUUAUCACAGUGCUCAUCUGCCUCGCACCGAUUGGUGUUUUUUUCCUCAUCAUGCCGAACCUGUUCCGUCUAGACAUUGCAGAAAUCGGCAUCAAUCUCGGCAUCCUAAUCGGCGGCACACUUUGCGGCAUGAUUUUGCAUCUCUUCGUCCUUAUACCCAUCAUCUUCUUCGCGAUGACGAGGAAGAACCCGUACACGCUGUGGAUACGCUGCAGUCCUGCCUGGAUCACAGCGUGGGGUACAGCGUCGAGUGCUGCGACGCUGCCUGUGACCAUCCGCUGUGUGUUGGCGCAGGGCGUACCGGUUACCGUCACCAAGUUCGCCGUUCCCCUCGGCUGCCUCAUCAACAUGGAUGGAACGGCAAUCUACUUUCCCAUCGUCGUGGUGUUUCUGGCUGCGAUGCAGGGCAUCACGCUUAACGCUGCCGACUACAUCGUUGUUGUCCUUCUCUCGACACUCGCCUCAAUCGGCACCACACCAAUCCCCAGCUCCAGCUUGGUACUUGUAGUCAUGAUCUGCGGCUCUAUCAACGUGCCUGUCACAGGCAUGUACGCUGUCGUUGUGGCCAUAGACUGGUUCCUCGACCGCUUCCGCACCAUGGCCAACGUAAGUUGCGACACUUUUGCCGCUGUCAUCGUGACCAAGAUCACGGGUAUUGUGGACGAUCCCGAGAACGAGCUUGCAGAUGCGCACGCGGGGACAUCCCACGGGGUCGCUGAGAUGGAUCCGAAUACGCUACGCGAAACUCACGGUAAUGGAAAGGUGUGA